UUUGUGUUGAGUUUUGCGCGCGAGAGGUCUUUCACUAAAAACAAGCACAGCAGAGCUACGUGGGCUGUUAAUCCUUUCUGAGAGUGUUUUCAACAAUUGCGUUUGUUUUUAAUAGUUAAGUUUGUGUUGACAACAUGUGGAAUCAGGGAGGAAACGAGUCUGGAAUGGCCGGGGGUUACACUCAGUCUCCUGGAGGGUUUGCAUCACCUGCUGCUUCCCAGGGAGGAGAGAAGAAAGGGAGAGCUCGGGCCACACAAAUUAUCCCCUGCACUGUGUCUCAGCUGAUGACCGCUUCACAAGCUGAUGAGUCUUUCAGAGUGGGAGAUGUGGAGGUUUCCCAGGUCACCAUUGUGGGUAUCAUCAGAAGCACUGACAAAUCCAUGACCAAUAUCCAGUACAAGAUUGAUGACAUGACUUGUGCACCGAUGGAUGUGAAGCAGUGGGUAGACACUGAGGACCCGAGUGUGGACAGCACUGUGCUGCCUCCAGGAGCGUACGUUAAAGUCGCAGGAAGUCUGCGAUCUUUUCAGAACCACAGAUCUGUUGUGGCGUUCAGCGUCAAGCCCCUGGAGGACAUGAAUGAAAUCACCUCACACAUGCUGGAGGUGGUCCAGGCACACAUGGCACUCAGCAAACCCCUAAGCACGCCAGGUGCUGGUGGAGGGACGAGCAGUAGCGCCACUCCCCUGUCUCGUGGCCAGAUUGCAGUGCUCAGAGGGAACUAUUCAGGUCCCAACUCAAUGGUUAUUAAUGGGUUAAAUGCACAUCAGGAUCAGGUUUUGAACUUAAUAAGAAGCAGCUCAGACUCACAGGGUAUCAGCAUUUAUGAUCUGAAGCAGAGACUCGGCGUCAUUAGUCUUCCUAUGAUCAAACAAGCUGUGGAAUUCCUGAGCAACGAGGGUCACAUCUUCUCCACCAUCGACGAAGACCACUUCAAAUCAACUGACUGUUAGGAAUAGUCAUUUGUGGCUGCUGUACGGUUGCCUUUUUGAACAUAAGAUGGCCAAGUUAUUAGUUAAGAGUUCAUAAAUCACAGCUAUUCACUAAGUCAAAAUGUCAACAUCCUAAAUGUGGAAGGACCAAGUGAAAUCCUCUGAGUUACCAUUAAACUAUUAUUAAAGAACAUGAGGUGCAGCGAGACUUUUGGGUUCAACAUCUUGUAUUCUUCGAAGUUACUUCUGCUAUUAU